AUGGGGGAAUUAAACUUCUUCCUAGGUCUUCAAGUAAAACAGUCCCCAAAGGGUACUUCCAUUUGUCAGCAAAAAUAUAUCAGGGAACUCUUGAAGUGGUUUGACAUGGAAGUAUCAAAGGUGAUAGACCCUCCCAUUGCGACUGCCACUCGACUGGACAUUGAUGAAUCUGGAUCUCAUAUGAAUCAAACAAUGUAUAGAGGCAUCAUUAGGUCUCUCCUCUAUCUCACUUCCAGUCGACCUGAUAUUGUUUUCAGCGUGAGGCUGUGUGCGAGGUUUCAAUUAAAUCCAAAGGAAUCUCACUUGAAGACUACCAAAAGAAUACUGAGAUAUCUCAAAGGAACGCAGGACCUGGUGCUAUAUUAUCCAUCAGGUGACAGUUUUAAUCUGAUUGGGUAUGUUGAUGCAGACUCUGCAGGUUAUCUUAUGGACAGAAAAAGCACUUCUGAAAUGGCUCACUUCUUAGGAUCAUGUCUUAUCUCUUGGGGUACAAGGAAGCAAAAUUCAGUGGUUCUUUCAACAACUGAAGCUGAAUAUGAAGCUGCAGCAUCCUGUUGUGCUCAGCUUCUGUGGAUCAAGCAGCAACAGGAGGAUUUUGGGGUACCCACUGAGAGUGUUCCCCUUCUAUGUGACAACACUAGUGCACUCAAUAUGGCCAAGAAUCCAGUAAACACGCAUGAUGAGCAUAGAAAGGAUAUAUUCAGUGCAUGA